UAUUAAUGUAGACUAGAAAGAAUUUGAACGUUGAAAUCAAAAUUAGAGUAACGAAUGAAAUUAAACGCGAAGAACGGAAGAAAGCGGAAGGAAAGUACAAAGAGACGAAGAAGAAGAGAAAGAAGAAGAAGAGGAGGAGGAGUUAAAUCGAGUGAGUUAGAUAAGGAGACUUGUGGUGUACUCAUAAAGGGUACACGCGUCAGCAGAGUUCGUCAGUCCACAAAUGAACGUCUGCCGGAAUAACAGGAGCGAUUCAAGUGCCGCGCUGAUCGUAAUACUAACACUCACGACACUUAUCAAUAAACGGAUUAAAAUUACAGAGGAAGAACACUCGCAAAACUAAAAAAAAAAACAACGUAACAGCGAUUUUCAGAUACGGUGACCAAUUCAGCAGUGCAGUGAAGCAUUUAGAAAAGUUUAAGAAAUCAAUCCUUUGUGCACAAGGAAAAGUUGAUUGCUAAUAUGAAAAAAAUGCAAAAACAAUAUUGAUACCAAAUAAUGGAUACUAAAUAAAAAUGUUUAAUUAUGAGAAAAGGGUGUUUGGUUCAGAAAAAAUUAAAUUGAAGUGAUAAAGGACUGAUUACGAAAAAAGGAGGAAGAUAAUUGGCGCAAAUUGUUCGGAUAGUGACUUAAUUGAACGCCAUAAACACCGUUUCUGGACAAAGAAUACCUUUCGAGAAACAAUAAAUACGAUAUAGAGAAUAGAAAUGAUUCAGUGAGCUCUUUCCGUUCAGAGGUCGAAGUUCGCAUUGCCGCAAACACUAAGUAGAGAUCAGUAUAUUCACUUAUUCCGAGAAGGUCACAAAAAUUUAUCGGCAUGACUAACGGUGUGUUUUUAAUGGAGAAAGCGAGAGCGACGAAAGAAGAUAUGGAAAUGAAUUGAUGAGACGCGCGCGAUAAGGAGAUGAAUACUCUCUGAAUCUCUGAAUACGCCUCGAAGGGUGCGUGCUCUCUUCUCGCUUCUCUUUCCACGACCGCCGACGUUUCUCGGAGCGCGAGAAAAACUUGCAAAAAAAAAUUGAGGGAGUUAGCUCGGCAGAUAGAAAGUAAUGAAUGAAGAGAGAAGUAACGAGAAGGCGUUGUGCAAAUAAACGCGAAUGGAUAAGAAAAGAAGUGAACUACACUAAUCUUCGAUUCUUCAAAGAAUGCGAAAGAAAAAAAACUGCGUCCUGCAGAUUCAUUAAAAGAUGGAGCAUUUUACGGCAAAUGACACAGUCUUCAAGAUCGUUUCAGAAGAUGGAGGCAUCAAGCCAUUCACGCGAUCUGCCACUAUCGUCGCUGCUGCUUGCGCUAUAACAUUCAGCAUUAUUGGAGUAUUAGGUAAUCUAGUGACGGUAAUAGCGUUAUUAAAAUAUGCCAGAUUAAGACGACACGCCACUACGGCAUUUGUGAUAAGCCUCAGCAUCUCCGAUUUGAUCUUUUCGGCGGUUAAUCUGCCGCUAACCGCUAGUAGAUACUUGAACGAAGCCUGGGUUUUAGGCGAGACUCUGUGCAAGAUAUUUCCGUUAUUCUUCUAUGGGAAUGUCGCCGUAUCAUUACUCAGUAUGGUGGCUAUUACCAUUAACAGGUAUAUACUGAUCUCAAAAUCGGACAUCUACAAUCGGUUAUAUACUAGUCGGGGCAUAACGGUAAUGUUAAUAGUCGUGUGGACCUUAAGCUUCUUCAUGCUAUUGCCACCCUUAUUAGGGGUCUGGGGUACCUUAGGACUGGAUUCAGCUACCUUUUCGUGCACCAUACUAAAGAAAAACGGUUCUAGUCCAAAGAAGUUCCUAUUCGUUCUGGGCUUCCUCGUACCGUGCAUCGUGAUCAGCGUUUCGUAUCUCUGCAUAUAUUGGCGCGUCCGCAGAAGCCGAAAAAAUCUCGAAGCUCACGCGGCCGAGAACUCGCGUGGACAACGAAGCGGCGGAUUUCAACGCAGGGAAGACUCAAGGGUGACCAGACUGAUGCUCACUAUAUUUCUUUGCUUUCUAAUGUGCUUCAUGCCGUUAAUGUUGGUAAAUGUUAUCGACGAGAAGAUGAAAAUUCCUGUACUUCAUAUAGUGGCGUCUGUGCUCGCUUGGGCCUCGGCGGUGAUAAACCCUUUUAUUUACGCUGGUACCAACAAGCUGUACAGGGAAGCGUACAAACAGAUUCUAUGUCCUGUUUCGAGCAGGACGCACACUGUCCGCCUCAAGCCGCCGCACUCUCACUCGAGUAAAGUUUCAUCGCCACAUACGAUGUAAAAAUACGAUUGCGCGCUAGAAUA